AUGGUUGCCAUUGACCCCCGUGUGAUCGCUCGUGCCGUGUCCACCGUGGCCGGCUUCAAGCAGAUCUGGCUCGGCACCUUCGACGGCAACGCCGGCAGUGCCGUUGACACGGGCGUGUGGAACAUCAUGACUGACAUCCACGUCAACAACGAAAUGCAACAAUACACCACCUCAACCGACAACCUCCGCCUCUCGGGCAACGGCACCCUCCAAAUCAUCCCCCUCAAAUCCUCCGACGGCAAAUGGACCUCAGGCCGCAUCGAGUCCACCUCCAGCUACACCCCCGAAGACGGCAAAGUGGCACGUUUCCAAUCCCUCCUCCGCUUCGGCGACGCGCCCAAAGACCAACAACAAGGAAUCUGGCCCGCCUUCUGGAUGCUAGGCGAGUCCUCGCGCAAGGGCACGCCCUGGCCGGAAUGCGGCGAGCUGGAUAUCAUGGAACGGAUCAAUGGCAUGUUGGAGGGCCAUGGGACGCCGCAUUGUGGUGAUAUUUCGGACCCCUGCGGGGGUAAGACCAAGACGACGCCGCUGGCGGAUAAUGAUUGGCAUACGUGGGCGAUUGAGGUGGAUCGGAAGAAUAAGGAUUGGAAGCAGCAGGAGGUAAGGUGGAUGUUGGAUGAUAAGGAGUAUAACAAGGUGUCCGGGGCGGAUUUGGGGGAUGAGAAGCUGUGGGCGUCGUUGGCGCACUCGCCGUUUUACUUUAUUCUGAAUGUGGCUGUGGGCGGUAACUGGCCUGGUAACCCCAACGACAAGACUGUGGAUGGAACCAAGAGCAUGAUGGAGGUCCAGUACCUUGCCGCGUACACAUCGACUUGA